CCACCACAGAUCGGCCUCCACUCUGUGUGGCUUCCCUCGUCGUGCCAUCCCAUAACCGGGCACCGCAUCCCCCUUUUGCAUCUCCUUCUUCUCUACUCUAUCUUCUCUUAUUAUCUCCAGCCCUCCCACUCUCCCGCUCUUCCGCUCUUCCACUCUUCUACUCUUCCUCUCUUCUCGACUUCGGCACUGCUAUCCCUCUCGCAACAACAAAACGAUGCCGGUACCCCCUCCCACGUCCCUCCAUGGCACCGUUUCGUCCGCCGAGUGGUCCUCGGGAGAAGAAGUCAAGCCGCUGUCCACCAUUCCCAUUUCCGUGUCGCCAAAGACCCCACGCAAAGGCAUCCAGUUCAAUGGCAAUAAUCACACCCCAGGAAGCGGUAGUCGACAUCGCAUGGUCUGUGCUGACGACAGGUCGGAGUGCAGCGGGGCGACUUGCCGGGAUGCAGCUUCGCACUCCGAACAAGGGCGAGGCUGCGCGACGUGCAGCUUUAUCAUCGCCUUGUUAUGACGCAAGCUUUGCCACGACUCCCUCGCAGCCCUCCGGUCGCGGUACCAGUAGCGACAGAUCUGAUAGUAGGGCGAGGACGCCAGGGGAGAUAGGAAGUGUGACCCCCAAGACUCCCUCCACUGUCCGACACUAUGACAGUUCUUGCCGUACUCCGCAGCAGGAAGCCCGUUAUGCCGCCCUCCAGGCAGGCUUGAACCCCGAUCGGAACUUCCCGAGGCGUGCCAUACUCCGCCCCCGCUGCGAGGCAGCUCUGUACUGACAACUCGGCUCGAAACCUCACCUCGGCGUUGCAAGCGGUGGUGCGCGAUCGCAAGCGUCCGUCUCAUCACUGGAGCCCCGAUCACCCUCUAGACGCCAUCUCUCUGGAGGACACCUUCC